AUGCGAUUCAUCCUUCUCACCAUUUUUAUUGCUAUAACAACACUUUUCCAGUAUUCUGAUCAAGCUGUUCGCCCAGUGACUCUCUUCAUCCGACUAUUCGAUGUAAAAGGAAAACGAUCGACGAUUCUAGAUGAAGGAUACAAGUAUACUGUAGCUGAGUUGAAGAGGAUGCUUGUCAAGGAGAUGGAUGUGUCCGGACAUAUUUUGAGACUCUAUUUUGAAGGCCAAGAACUCUGGAUCCCUGACCGUACUCUCGCUAGUUACCGUGUCCGUCCUGGGGAUACUGUUGACAUUUAUUUGGAGAAUAUCGCCGAGCAACUCGCAAUUCGAUUCGGAAAUCAGGAUAAGAGUCCGGAUGGGAGAUUGGCGGAAUAA